AUGAAACCACUUGAACCUUACAUUCUCCAAAUGCCAAGUGACAUAAUACUAGACAUCUUCUGUAAACUCCCAGCCAAAACACUCCUUCAGUGCAAGUGUGUAUGCAAGUCUUGGCGUGGUUAUCUCUCAGACUGUCAGUUCACCAAAGUCCUAUUCUCACGUGCACCACCAACCACUUGCUUUUUGAUCCGCGGCUUCACUCUGGAUUACGGAAGCAAGCCCUCAAUCUGCAGACCCAGGAGAAACUUCUUGGUCGAUGUUGACAUUGAUAGCUCAAGCAGCAGCAGCUACAACUCGGCAGCAGUCAAGCUUCCCCAAGAUGGAAUCGCAGACUCAUACGGCAUGUCAUAUGAUUUUGUAAAGAUUGUAGGUUCAUACAACGGCCUCGUAUGUCUAAAGGACUCAUGGCGCUACAGUACCCCUUUUCACAUAUGCAAUCCCAUGACUGGUGAGUCUUUGCACUUGUCUCCUCCUCCAAUGCGUACCCUCAUAGAUGAGAGGAAGCCGUUUGUUUCUGGUUUUGGGUUUAGUCCCAUCAGCCGUGUCUAUAAGGUCCUAGUUAUGCACUGCAACGAAUCAAAGGCCAAGGUUUUGACAGUUGGGUCUAAGAUUUGGAGAAGCAUUGAUGCAAAUAAUUACGAGUUGUUUGCUCCUCAUAACUCACGCAUGGUUUAUAUGAAUGGAUAUCUUAAUUCCAUUGUAGUUCAUGAUCGUCUUCGAAGCACUUGUCCAGUUUCUAUAUGUGCCUUUGAUGUUGAAAGCGAGCAAUUCCAGCAAAUAUCACGGCCUUUUAUUUUAGACGAUGAUGCCUAUUAUUACAACUACUGUAACCUUGUAAUAGUGAGAGGUUGCCUUUCUUUCGUUGCCUCCAGGACUAACAAAAUUAAUGUCUGGGUGAUGGAAAAUUAUGGUGUGAACGAGUCUUGGACCCAUGAAUACGAAUUUAUAGGCACAUUUAAACCAUACGAUGUGCGAAUUAAAAUAUGGGUACAGCUACUGAAAAUAAGAGACGAAGGGCUAGUAUUGCUGUUAUGUGAGGACGGAUUCUAUGCUUCUACUUGUACUCUUAGAACCUGCGGCGAGCCUCUGAUGGUAGAGGAGGCUAAAUUGGCUAAUGGGAUGCCAUCCACGAUUACGAGUGCAUGUGCCUUUACACCAAGCUUUGUUCCCCUAAAUGUUAUGAUCAGGGGUUAG